UUCAGCCUUUCUGUAGGCCGUCGCUGUUCAACUACUUCAUUAUCAUCGGUACACCCGUGUGCGGAAGGCAAAGAGCUGGAUCCCAAUCGCGUUACUGCAGUCUGUUUACUUUGUGAUUAUGCUACUGCCAAUGAGAUAAUCGCAGCGAAACAGUCGCUGAGGUGAAGGAACGGAACGACGUGCGAAACCGUAAUCGUAACGACCCGUGGGCAUGUGAAGCUUUUCACUCUGGAUCCUCCGGGAUUCGGGUGCCGUUUUGGCAGUGUCAUAAAAUUGCCGAUAGAUUCCGUUUUAAAUGCCAUUUUAUGGCAACUCGCAAUAGGAGCGUGUCGCAUGCCGCUUUUGGGAGCGAUCGUUGAGCUAGUUUUCUUAGCCGUUGCUUCUCCAAGAUGCAGCUCAACAGUUAGCCAAACUGGUCGUAAAAGUUUAAUUUCUCCCGGAAGGUGCUGUGAUUUUAACGAGCUGCCGAAAUGUGAUGCAUCAUUGCGCAAUGACAAUAAUUGUCAUUCCCCGUAUGCUUCCAGGGGCUUUGCGCUAGAUGCACUUUCUAAUCAAUAGCGAGCGCUACUUUCUCGUGCGUUUCGCAUGCAUUUGUUCGAGAGAAAGUGUGCGUAACUUCAUUUCGCAAUAUUGUGCUCGAAUUUGAAUCAAAAUUAAAUGGAAGAAAUAAUCUUCCAAAAUCAAAAUCAAAACCAAAAUCAAUAAAUAAAUCAAGAUUCGUAAGAAAGUCAUAGGAUCUAAUUGAAAAAUCCCCCGAUUAUUAUUUAUUGUUUUACUCGCGUCUUUUUGCUUGAUCUGUACGACUCUUGAAUGUACGGCGUAAAAUCAUUCUAAACAUCACAAAAACAUUCACACAAAUACACACACACACACACACACACACAUUAGCAGUGUUUUGUCUGACUCAACACCCUGAGUUCUGCAAACAAACCGUAGCGAGUCUCACAUUGAUAAGCGAAUCCGCGCCUCAAACCACUGAUAAUCUCUAAUCAAAUUGUGCUCACGCGCUUGAUUGACAUAAACAUUGCCGGCGGUAACGGCAUCAUACACACAAAAAAACUGCACUCAGUUCCCUUCAGUAUGCGGCCGCUGCAAGUUCCCGCCUGGUUGCACAUUUCCUACGAGGAGAAGAAGCUGAUUGCGUACCUGGCCGGAAGCGGUACGACUGCCUGCAGCCUGUACCUGCUCACUAUGGCCGGCCGGUCGCUGAGCUUUUCCGACCAAACUAGUCCUUGCUUUUCGGAAAACAGUGCGUACAAUCUGGAGAUAACGCUCGUGGUCAUCCUGUCCGUCAUCUAUCUCGUUAUUGGGGGAGCAUUUUUCUGGGGCAUUUGGCAGGAAAAGGCCAAAUAUCUGCUGCCCUUUCUGUGCUUUCUCGUUGCUGCCACCGGGUUCCUGGGGCAUGCCCAUAUCGAUUGGAUGCUUUUCGAGGCCGGUACGGGCGAGCGACAGUUUGGGAUUUUUGCGUUCAUCUUUGCCACGCUGGUACUUACAUUUGCCAGCACAAUCAUUCUUCUGCUGUAUCGUGAAAUGAACUCGGAGAAGCGUGUGAAAAAGGGCAAUUUUGAAGUGUUCUACAAUGAUGAAAAAUAUUAAUAGUAAUAAGUGCUGUUGAGUGUUUACAAACCGCAAAAGGUUACCCAUUUAGUGGCAGAAAAUAAUUAUCGAAAUUUGAUGUUGUUUAAGUAUUAGUAAAGUUUCUAUAGUGAUAAGGUUUUAAGGUUUUUUCAAAGUGUGUGAAAACGAAAUAAAAUGAAGCUGUGAAUAUUUGUUCAUGAUUGGA